ACAGGGUACCAGACUGUAAUGUAAAUGGUCAAAGGUAUGUAUGCGAUUGAUGCGAGUGGAAGAAAACCCGUUUCGAAAUGACAAAGUUUAAUCAGAUAUGUGCGCAUUUAGACAACAUUUUAUGACUUGCUGAAUGGUUAGUUGGAUUCUAGCUGCUCGUGUUUUCACUUAUCGAAAGGAGAGAGGAAAAAGAUGACAGGGGGGCCGGCGGAGACGACCGGUGAUGGCCACGCGCACGGCGCCGGCGGAAGAGAACGGUCAAUGAGUGCCUCGGGAGAGUCGUUAUAUGCAAUCCUUGGUGUCGAAAAAGGAGCAGAUAACGACGCACUCAAGAAAGCCUACAGAAAGUUGGCCUUAAAAUACCACCCGGAUAAGAACCGGGAUGACCCAACCGCUGAGGAAAAGUUCAAAGAGAUCAAUAAAGCUCACAGAGUCCUGACCGACGCUAAGAAGAGACAGAUAUAUGAUGACUACGGCUCGGUCGGUCUGUACAUCGCCGAACAGAUCGGCGAGGACAACGUGGAUCUGUACUUCCUAGUCAACAGCAGGUGCUUCAGGGUUUGCUGUGGCGUCUGCUUCUUCGUGACCUGCUACUGCUUCUGCUUCUGCUGCUGUCUCUGCUGCUGCGGAUGCUGCGGCAAGUGCGCCCCCAAGGAAGAGGAGUACACGGAGGAGGAGUUUGAAGAGAUCCUGCGAGGCAUGCAGGACAACGAGAUCGGUGACCCCGCGGUGAGGGACGUGGAAGUGACCAUCACGGUACAGCCCGGCGCCGACGCCUCGGCAGCACGCAGCAACAUCCACGACGUGCCUCCGUAUAAGACGGCCAUACCCAUGCCGGCCCCGGAGGCCACGGAAAAGACCAGCCUAAAGGCGGCCGAGGUGGUUAACACCAGCUACGUGGUGGAAAAGAAUUAAAUGUGGGGGUGGGAGGGGCAAUACUAAUAAAGGGGAGGGAGGUGCGAUAAUAGCUGAUGUUAAAUUGAGUGUUGCACAAUUCGGUUUGCUUUUUUUUUUUUUUUUAUGUCAGACACAGUACGAGGGUGUUGUUUCUAUUUGACCUAAACCAAAAUAUCACUCUUCUGUGACUGUGCAGACUGAUUUACCCGUUGAUAAUAUU